CCGAGCGCCGGUGGGCCGAGCGGCUCCGGAGCGGCCCGAAGGCGCCCGAGCGUCCGUCCUGCCGGACUGCUGGAGGCGGCCGCAGCGCCAUGUUUGAUGCUCCGCUACUUCAGUGAGGAAAAUCCGCCGGCAUCGCCCGAGAGCCGCCACCGCGAAGGGCUCCGCUGCCCCCGGGGAGGGGGACCGAGACCCCCCGCCGCCGGCGGCUCAUGAGCAGCGCGGCCUGAGCCGCCUCCCCCCCUCCCCUCCCCGCCGGCCCCUCUCCCGUCCCCUCCCCGCGCCGAGCCCUCCGGGAGGCGCGUUGUCACGGAGACCGGCGCCGGUGCCGGCCCGCCGCGCUGCCCCGGCCGCCGCACCGGCCCCCGGCCCGCUCCCCGGCUCCCCCCCGGCCCCGGCCCCGCUCCCCGCCGGGGGGUGGUGGCUCCGCUUGGCGAUGAGUUUACCGCAGAAGGCGGCUUUGAAACCCGGCGCGGCGGCAGCGGCGGGGACCGGCCCCGGGAGCGGGGCGGCGGCGGCAGCGGCGGCGGGGCCGCCUCCCCCCCCGGCUCCCCCUCACCCGGCGGCGGCGCCGGCGCCUCACCCCAACAUCAGGGCCUUGCCGCCCCAGCCGCCCCAGCAGAUUCCCCGGGGUCCUGUGCAGCAGCCCCUCGAGGACCGGAUCUUCACUCCGACCGUCUCCGCUGUGUACAGCACUUUUAUCUCCACACAGGUAACACAAGUAGCAAGACAGCCGGGUCCUCCUGCCCCAUCCCCUUACACUGCACAUGAAAUAAAUAAGGGACACCCAAAUCUUGCUGCAACGCCACCGGGACAUGCAUCGUCCCCUGGGCUUUCACAGGCUCCCUACCCCUCAGGACAGAAUGCAGCUCCAACCACGCUGGUGUACCCUCAAGCCCCUCAGACAAUGAACACGCAGCCUCAGACCCGCUCGCCGUUUGCAGCGGGGCCUCGACCUGCCCAUCACCAGGGAGGAUUCAGACCUAUACAGUUUUUUCAGAGGCCUCAGAUCCAGCCUCCAAGAGCCACCAUCCAGAACAGCAGCCCUUCCAUCCGUCCUGGUGCGCAGACCCCCACGGCGGUGUAUCAAACCAACCAGCACAUCAUGAUGGUUAAUCACCUGCCAAUGCCCUACCCGAUGCCUCAGGGCCCCCAGUACUGUAUACCACAGUAUCGUCACAGUGGCCCUCCGUAUGUCGGGCCCCCACAGCAGUAUCCCGUUCAGCCACCAGGACCAGGACCCUUUUAUCCAGGACCAGGUCCUGGAGAAUUCCCCAAUGCCUACGGAACACCUUUCUACCCAAGUCAGCCAGUGUAUCAGUCAGCACCCAUCAUAGUGCCUACACAGCAGCAGCAGCCUCCACCAGCUAAAAGAGAGAAAAAAACGAUCCGAAUCCGGGAUCCCAACCAGGGAGGCAAAGAUAUAACAGAAGAAAUCAUGUCUGGUGGGGGCAGCAGGAACCCAACGCCUCCCAUCGUGAGACCCACUUCCACACCGACUCCACCUCAGCAGCUGUCCAGCCAGGUCCCCGAGCACAGCCCUGUGGUCUAUGGGACUGUGGAGAGCACCCACCUCGCUGCCAGCACCCCUGUCACUGCGACUAGCAACCCGAAGCAAGAAGAGAAGCCAAAACCAGACCCAGUAUUAAAACCUUCUUCUCCAGUCCUCAGACCAGAACCUACUGGGGAGAAAAAAGAUCAAGCUGGCCAGACGACCGAGGCCACCUCAGUGGAAACCCCACCAGAACUUCCUCUUGCUCCAUCGCCAACCCCGGCCGCUCCCAUCGCAGUUGUUCCUGCUGCUGCCACUGCUGCUGUUGUCACCGUUUCUAGUAAACCCACAUUCACAGCUGACUCAGAGGAGAAAUGUGAACUGGCUUCCCCAAAAGAGGAGGCAAUGCCUAUAUCCAAUGCCACACCAUGCACGGACACAUCAGACCCUUCGCCAGCAGAAGAGGCUGAUGCCGAGGUGUGCGAGGAGCCUAGUAGUGUAGCAUCUAGUGAUAUUCCAGUGACUGCUAGUACUAAUCUAAUUAAUGAGGUGAAUGGAGUUAGUGAAAAGGUAACUGCUGCAGAGAGCGUAGUAGAUGUAGCCCAGACGGAAGCUGCACCAUUGACUGUUGAGUUGGAGACCCCCGAAGCACCUCCAGCAGAAGUGGAAAGCGUGCCAUCUUCCAGUGCCCUUCACGCUGCUCCCUCUCCUCCUCCCACCCCACCUCCCACCCCUCCACCACCAUCUCCUCCCAGUUCGGUUGCUGCUGCUGCUGCUGUUACCACUACAACUCCUUCUCCACCUCCUCUCCCAUCUCCUAGUGCCCUCCCUGUUGUCCAGGGAGAUUUAGAAGGAGAGGAGAGCACAAGAACUACUCUUAGCGAAGAGGUAAAAGAUACUGAAAAGAAGGAAGAGACAGAAGCAGAUGGGCAACUGGAGGAGAGCACGGAGGCUCAGAGUUUAAACUUGAGCAAGAGUCCUGUCCCAGCCCAAACUGCUCUAACUGCACCAAAGACGUGGAAGAAACCAAAAGACCGGACCCAAGCCACUGAGGAGGCGAUUGAGGAGGAAGCAGAGCCUAAAGUAGAAGAGGAUCUUUCAGGUGACAAAGUACUUGAAUCCGACCAGGAGAAAAUGAGCCAUGGGUUUCAACUGGAGAGAGACCCCUCUGAGCUUAAAAAAGCGAAACCUGUGGAGGAGAACGGAGAGCAGGAAGCGGAACCUGUGCGGAAUGGUGCCGAGAGCAUUUCUGAGGGAGAAGGAACCGAAGCAAACUCAGGCUUCACCGAGAGCUCUGGCGAAGGGCCAGUGUACCAGUAUAAACCAGAGCAGUGGAAGCCCCUGGACCCGGAAGGGAAGAAGCAGUACGACAGGGAAUUCCUGCUGGAUUUCCAGUUCAUGCCUGCCUGUAUCCAAAAGCCGGAGGGGCUGCCUCCCAUAAGCGACGUGGUUCUCGACAAGGUGAGAGGAGAGCCGAUAAAACAGGUCAAUCAGCCAAAACUGCCACUGAGAACUCUGGACCCCCGGAUACUGCCUCGAGGACCAGACUUCACACCAGCCUUUGCUGAUUUUGGGAGGCAAAGCCCCGGGGGAAGAAACGUGUCUGGAAGUGCCUGCAAAGUGCAGAGCAACCCUGGAUUGCCUUCCCUGGCUCGGUGCGGGUCCCCAGCAUGCCCUCUCUUGGUCUCGCCUCACCCACCAUUGAGGAACCUGCCGCUAGGGUUGUUGAAUGUUGGACCGAGGAGAUCGCAGCCAGGCCAGAGGAGAGAGCCCAGGAAGAUCAUCACUGUGUGUGUGAAGGAGGAUGUGCACCUGAAGAAGGCAGAGAAUGCAUGGAAGCCGAGCCUGAAGAGAGAAAACCAAACCGAGGACCCAGAGAAUGUCAAAACCCAGGAGCUGUUCCGCAAGGUACGAAGCAUCUUGAACAAGCUGACGCCCCAGAUGUUCAACCAGCUCAUGAAGCAAGUGACAGACCUGACAGUAGACACAGAAGAGAGGCUGAAAGGAGUCAUCGACCUGGUCUUCGAGAAGGCCAUCGAUGAACCGAGCUUCUCGGUGGCAUAUGCCAACAUGUGCAGGUGUCUUGUAACGCUGAAGGUGCCCAUGGCAGACAAACCCGGGAGCACGGUGAACUUCCGCAAGCUGCUGUUAAAUCGCUGCCAGAAGGAGUUUGAAAAGGACAAGGCUGACGACGAUGUCUUUGAAAAGAAGCAGAAAGAACUUGAAGCUGCAACCACUCCAGAGGAGAAGACGCGGCUCCAUGACGAGCUGGAAGAAGCCAAGGACAAAGCCCGACGGAGAUCCAUUGGGAAUAUAAAAUUCAUUGGUGAGCUUUUCAAACUGAAGAUGCUGACGGAGGCUAUCAUGCAUGACUGUGUGGUGAAGCUACUGAAGAACCAUGAUGAGGAGUCCCUCGAGUGCCUUUGCCGCCUCCUGACCACCAUUGGCAAGGACCUGGACUUUGAGAAGGCAAAGCCUCGCAUGGACCAGUAUUUUAAUCAGAUGGAGAAGAUUGUGAAAGAGAGGAAAACGUCUUCAAGGAUUCGGUUCAUGCUUCAGGAUGUGAUAGACCUUAGGCUGUGCAACUGGGUGUCACGGAGAGCAGACCAGGGCCCCAAGACCAUCGAGCAGAUUCAUAAAGAAGCCAAGAUUGAAGAGCAGGAGGAGCAGAGGAAGGUCCAACAACUCAUGACCAAAGAGAAGAGGAGACCGGGUGUCCAGCGGGUCGAUGAAGGCGGUUGGAACACUGUGCAGGGGGCAAAGAACAGCAGAGUGCUGGACCCCACCAAGUUCCUUAAAAUCACCAAGCCCACAAUAGAUGAGAAGAUUCAGCUUGUGCCUAAAGCCCAGCUGGGCAGCUGGGGAAAGGGCAGCAGUGGUGGAGCGAAGACAAGCGAGAUGGACUCCUUACGACCAAGUGCCACGAGUUUGAACAGGUUUUCUGCGCUGCAGCCUCCAGUGUCAUCUGUAUCUGCCUCAUCUCCAUCUUCAGAACUAGAUUCUCGCAGGGCCUUAACUAGUCGCGGGAGCACGGGCAGGGAGAAGAACGACAAACCUCUGCCGCCUUCCCUCUCCCGUCCCAACACCUUCCUGCGGGGCAGCAGCAGUAAAGAGCUGCUGCUCGACAAUCAGGCACAGGAGGAGCAGCGGAGGGAGAUGCUGGAGACAGUGAAGCAGUUGACAGGGGGCAUGGAAAUGGAUAGAAACAGCACAGAGGCAGAGAGGAACAAAGCCAAGGAAUCUGCCAAGCCAGAAGCUUCUCCAGCUCCAGCACAAGAAAAGCUUUCGCUAUCAGAAGAGGAAAUAGAGAGAAAAUGCAAAUCUAUCAUUGAUGAGUUCUUGCAUAUUAAUGAUUUCAAGGAGGCGAUGCAGUGCGUGGAGGAGCUGAGCACCCACAACCUGCUGCCGGUGUUCGUGCGAGUGGGAGUGGAGUCGACGCUCGAGAGGAGUCAGAUCACCAGGGAUCACAUGGGCCAGUUAUUACACCAGUUGGUGCAGUUGGGAAAGCUGAGCAAGCAGGAUUUCUUCAAGGGCUUUUCAGACACCUUGGAGAUGGCAGACGAUAUGGCCAUAGAUAUACCCCAUAUUUGGUUGUACCUAGCUGAGUUGGUGACCCCCAUGUUAAAAGAAGGAGGAAUCUCUAUGAGAGAACUUAUACAAGAAUUUAGCAAACCCUUGCUUCCUGUGGGAAGAGCCGGCGUCUUGCUUGCUGAAAUCUUGCACCUUCUAUGCAAACAAAUGAGCCAUAAGAAAGUGGGAGCCUUAUGGAGGGAGACUGGCCUCAGUUGGAAGGACUACUUACCCGAAGGGGAGGAUGUACAUACCUUUCUCAUGGAACAAAAGUUGGACUUCACGGAGUCCGACUGUUCCAGUUCCUCAGAAGCACUUUCAGAGAAAGAACUCUCUGCAGAAGAGCUGAACAAGCAGCUUGAAAAACUCAUUGUUGAGGACAAGGCAAAUGAUGAACAAAUCUUUGACUGGGUAGAGGCUAAUCUAGAUGAAAGCCAGAUGAGUUCACCUACAUUCCUUAGAGCUUUAAUGACAGCAGUUUGUAAAGCAGCUAUUGUAGCGGAAUCUUCUAGCUUCCGUGUGGACACUGCUGUUAUCAAACAGAGAGUGCCGAUCUUAAUCAAGUACCUAGACUCAGACACAGAGAAGGAACUACAAGCACUUUAUGCACUACAAGCAUCAAUAGUAAAACUUGAUCAACCUCCUAAUCUGUUGCGGAUGUUUUUCGACUGCCUGUACGACGAGGAGGUAAUAUCAGAGGACGCCUUCUACAAGUGGGAGAGCAGCAAGGACCCAGCAGAGCAGAACGGGAAAGGAGUAGCGCUAAAAUCAGUCACAGCAUUCUUCACGUGGCUACGGGAGGCCGAAGAGGAGUCGGAGGAUAAUUAAAACUUAAAAUACAGAGAGAAAAAAAAAAAGAAAGGAUUUAAGUAUUUUUUUAACAAGUUUCACGUCUUCGCCAAUCAGAGUGCAGCAAAGCCAAUGCUCACACAGACCCCCCUUCCCCACACACGCACGAGUGGGAGAGGUAAAAUACAUAACCACCAAGGUGACCGUGGAGGAGAAAAGGUACUUGAAAAACAAACACACACACACAAAAAAAAAGAAGUAAACUUCAAACCUGAGGGCGGGAGCACUAAACCAAAACACGUGUAUUAUUUAUAGAAAAUAUUUUCUGUUUUAAUCUUUUUGGGGUUUUUUUUUUGGUUUUUUUUUUUUUUCUUCUUCUUUUCUUUUUAAACAAGGACUUAGAGAAAAAAAAUAAAAAAAAAGAAACGACCACGAAGCGAAAGGAAUCUGUUGAGCAAAAAAACAAAAGAACAAAAAAAUUAAAAAAAAAUAAAAUAAAAACUUUUAAUUUAUUAUUUUAAGGACUGCAAAUGCCAGUGUAAUUUUUUAAAUUUGCAGUUUCUGUAAACAAAUUGUAUAAUAGAACAAAAGCCAAGAAAUAAAUUUCCCUCCCCUUCAUCUGCACCUCAGUUUUGUUUCCAAGCAUGAGAAAUAGACAAAACUUUCCAGGGGGCUGGGGUGAGCUAGGUGAGGAAGAGACCCGGUUUUAUGUUCUUUUCUUUUUUAAAUUGCCAUCAGAUUUUUCUGCCUGCCUCUCAGCUUGCUUCAGAAACUUAAACAAACAAACAAAAAAAGAACCUAGUAAUCCAAAAACCUACAUAACCUUGGAACGGAAGGAAACGCAAUUGAGAAACACGCUGCGGACCAGAGCGCUCCGAAAACAAAGUAAAACUCAUUUGAACCAGUGCUCCCCUGGGGGAAAAAAAAAAAGUCCUUAGUGCUACUUUGAGAACCUUUAGAGCAACUUUAAGGCUUGUAAAUACAUAGAACAAAUAUUUAAAAAAAGAAAAAAAAAAAAAGAAAAAAAAAGAAAUUGACUCGAUACUAUUUCUUUUCACUUUCAAAAUAUAAAGAACAAAAUAAAGACAAACGUUGCAAGUUUAACAGAAAGUCAAACGACUUCUCCUUUGGCAGCUGCUGAAUGUGUGGCAGCAUCGCUCCCCCCGUCGCGGUGUAGCUCCUCGGUUCCAAAUUGUGUACAUAUAGUGUGUGUAUGUUUGUGUGUCCACCAAAAAGAGGGGUGAGAGCAAUUGUUGUCUAAGAAAAUAAGGAAAAUAUAAGGGGGGUUGCUGCUUGGGAGACCUUUUCUGCAGAGAACUUGCUGGCAGGGCUGCUGCGGGUGUGUUUGGUUCCCAGCAUGUUGUUGGGAGACAACCUCGGGGGUGGUUGGUGCUGAUCCCAGUGUGGUUUUCCCAGCCAUGUGGCUGUGGUGUCUCGUAUGUGACUUGGAUCUGUGGCAUCAUCCUGGGGACCUGGAAUCCUGGUAGCUCCGGAGGUCGCAGCCGCUCGAGCAGAGAACCGACAGCCCCUCACCAUUGCUGCCCUUCGCAUCUCCUGGUCGCCUUGCUGUGCCUGAGGAGCCCAGAGACCCGUAGGGAUGAACACAGGAGCACCCUACACGAGUCAAGAGGAGGAACAAGCAAUGUGAUGCUCUGCCCACCCCAUGACAGUGGCUGAAGGCUGAGUGCUGCCCAGGUACAGCUGAGCAGCAGUCGCUUUGCAGUGCAGUCGGAGCUCCAAACUGAGCUGCUGCCGAGGGGGUGAAGUCUCUUGUGUGUCUCUCCGACAACCAAAAAUGACCUGCUGGCUCUCACUGUGAAGAAGCAUCUACCAUAACGCAAAGGUUGUGAAGCCCCGAAACAUUGUUUGUGAACUGUGGUCCAUGGAGCACGAGUAACCUGUGGAGCACUUGCUGGUGGGCUGUGCAGCACUAGGUGCCCACAUGAUGCUGUCCUUCUCCUUCCAGCUGCUAAAUCACUUCUUUUUUAUAAAAAAAGGGGGGAAAAAGGGAAAAAAAGGUAAAAAAAUGGGAAAAACAAGAAAAAAAAAGGCUUCAGAUACAUUAAAUACUUUCCUAAUCUUACUUUUACAUGUAAACAAUUGCUGUACUUGCAGAAGGAUGUUAUUUGGUCACCGAGGGAAAGGGAGGAGGGAGCCUGGUUGUGGCUAGAGGGGAGAUGUCCCUGAGACACUUCCCUUGUUAACCUGCACUCCACACCAUGAAUUGAGCUAGAGAAUCCAUGGCCUGAAACACUAGAGCAUUGUUUGGGGUUUUUUUAGUAACAAUAAAACACUUUUCUCUGA